AUGUCUGAUUCUCCUGUUGCAGAGGAGGUCAAGGUCGAUGCUACGGCGGUGGUUGGUGAUUUGGAGAGUGGCGAUAAAGGAAUUGUCAACCAUGCUGCUCCUCUUGCUCGAGAGCUGAAGGGCCGUCAUUUGCAGAUGAUUGCAAUUGGUGGUGCAAUCGGUGCAGGUCUAUUCGUCGGAUCUGGAAGCGCCCUCCAGACUGGAGGUCCUGGAAGUUUGGUACUAGGCUACAUGAUCAUCGGCUCUAUGCUGCUCGUCACCGUACAGGCUCUUGGGGAGAUGGCAGUCCUCUUCCCGGUCAAUGGUGCUUUCUUCACAUACAUUGUUCGCUUUGUCGACCCUUCAGUUGGCUUUGCUGUAGGAUGGGAUUACGCGAUUGGAUGGCUCACUGUUCUUCCUUUCGAGCUUACAGCUGCUGGUAUCACGAUUCAGUUCUGGCGCGAUGACAUCAAUAUUGGAGUCUGGAUUACAGUCUUCUUGGCCUUUCUCACAAUCAUCCAAAUCUUCGGCGUCCGAGGAUAUGGUGAAGUCGAGUUUGUGCUUAGUAUGAUCAAAAUCAUGGGCUGCAUAGGCUUCAUCAUUCUCGGUGUGAUCAUCGACUGUGGUGGAACUGGACCCCAAGGCUACAUUGGAGCCAAGUACUGGCAUAACCCGGGAGCCUUCAGUAAUGGAUUCAAAGGUUUCUGCUCUGUAUUCGUCGUAGCAGCUUUUGCUUUUGGAGGAACCGAACUUGUUGGACUCGCCGCAGCAGAAACAGCAAACCCCCGAAGAUCAAUCCCGACUGCGACUAAACAGGUGUUCUGGCGUAUUUCCUUCUUCUACAUCAUCGGAUUGUUCAUUCUUGGGUUGAUUGUCCCAGCUAAUGACCCGGAUCUCCUGAAUUCCUCCGGCGCAAACACGAAGUUCUCACCAUUCGUCAUUGCUAUCCGCCUUGCCAAUAUUAAGGUCCUGCCUUCAAUCUUCAACGCCAUCAUCACAAUCUCGGUCAUCAGUGUUGCAAACUCUUGUACAUUUGGUUCUACGCGUACUAUGCAAGCUCUCGCCGAGCGAGGCAUGGGUCCAGCUUUCCUUGCUUAUGUCGACAAGCAAGGCCGUCCAAUCUGGGGUGUUCUUAUUCAACUGCUCUUCGGUCUCUUGGCUUUCAUUGGAGAGUCAAGCAAGCAGAACGUCGUGUUCAACUGGCUGUUGGCACUUUCGGGCCUGUCAUUCUUCUUCACGUGGGGUGCUAUUUGCGUUGCUCACAUCAGAUUCAGAUCUGCUUGGAAACUCCAAGGACAUAUCAAGGACGAAUUACCAUACCAGGCAAUGUUCGGCGUUUUGGGAAGUUGGUAUGGCUUUAUCCUCAACGUCCUGUGUAUGAUCGCCACCUUCUACGUUGCGCUCUUCCCCAUUGGUGGGAGUCCCAACGCUCAAGAUUUCUUCAGCUACUACCUUGCCGCACCACUCAUCCUCGCCCUCUACCUGUUCUGGAAGCUCUGGUCGAGACAUUGGGCCAUGUACGUGCCAGCCGCAGACAUGGAUAUCACAUCUGGCCGACGAGCAAUCGAUCUCGCAGAUGACUAUGUGCCAACGCCCAAGACUUGGGCAAAUAUGCCUAUGAGAGUUUUCCGAGCUCUAUUUUAG